GACGAGAUUCCGCCUCCGUCUCGCUCAACUACAUAGGACUUGUCUGCGACAGUCAUGUCCUCCCGCACGAAACGACGGGCCGAACCGACGCAAAGCGACAAGAAAAAGAAAAGCAAGAAGUAAGUACAUUGUUAUCAGCAUCUCGUUCGAGACCGGAAGAGAACAUGAUUGCACAGGUCUAAGCGUGACGAGGAGUCUGAAGACGAAGUCGAAGGCGGCGACGACUCUGAUGCUGGGGUCGACGAAGGUGUGUCUUUCCACGGGUGAUCAACGGUAUCUCUCGUCUGAUAACUUGUAUGCGUGUCACAGAUGAACUCGGAGCACUGGACACCAGUAACAUCAUAACCGGAGGCCGCAGGACGCGCGGGAUCCGCGUAGACUACACCAAAGUCGAGGGAUUCGGGAAGGAUGACGAUGAUGACGAAGAGGACGAAGAGGAGGAGCGUCCCAAGAAGAGAUCGAAAACAAAGGCGGUGACCAGGUUGCCUGCCAGCGCCACAUCGAAGCAGAAGAAAUCUGAACCGUCAGCUUCGUCCAAACCCAAGGACAAGCCUGCACCGUCGUCGUCAUCGAAAAAGAAACGAGUUGUCGUGUCCGAUGAAGAGGAGGAAGAAGAGGCAGAGAAGGAAGAGGGUGAAGACAAGGAGGAAGAAGAGCCGGACGAGGGUGGCGACGACGAAGAUGAAGAUGAGUGAUGCGCGGAUACAUGGACUUGUACACUGUAAAGUAGCAAACGCGGUACGUUUAAUUGUCUACUGGUGAAGGUUAUGGAUGUACUGAAUGUAGACGUUGUCGAAUCGCCGAAGGAAUGUUGUAUGUUUGCCUGGCAUCAUCGCCGUAUUGUGUCAGUAUGAGUUUGAGGGCUUGCGUGUGGAUGACAUGAUCUCGGAGGAUCGUACCCACUCCAGCUCAAAGAAUCGAGUAACGACUUCCUCUCAGAUUUUGACUAAACAUCAUUUCAUCUAUGCUCGCGUCGCACUCGCGAA